UUAAGUGACGAGGCGAAAGCCAAGCUGCAACGGUUUUUCCUCCACGUUCGCUAUCUCAUUAUCGAUGAGUACUCCAUGAUCGGGAAGACAGUCUUCGCCGCUCUGUCGCGAAACAUUGGCAUCGGAAAACAACAGGCGGGCGAUCCGACGAGCGAAAGAUCCUUUGGCGGCAUCAGAGAGGAGGCGUUAUACUGGCCGUCGAACACCUAUGAUAGCACGGAGUCUCAGCUAGGCCGAGCAAUAUUCGACGAGUUCAGAGAGGUGGUCAUUCUGAGAGAACAGAUGCGAGUCACCGACACAGUGUGGCGUGACUUCCUGCGGAACUUACGGUUCGGUCGAGUUCAACCAGAAGAUAUCACAAUGCUCCGUGGACAACUCCUAGGUCUUGUCACUCCACGACAUGCCGUCCGACUGAAAUGGAACGACCACGCAGUCCAACAGCACUGUGCCGACUCGGGCUGCCGACGUUUCGUCAUCCGUGCAGACGAUACCGUGAAAGAUCGGCGAGGGCGCAGGGACCUCACGCUGCGCGAGAAGGUCGACGUGCAGCGUAAACGGCUCAACGCCACCAGGGCCGAUGGCAGGAACCAGCUCCCGGACUGCAUAGACGUUGCAAUCGGUAUGAAAGUCAUGGUCACCACCAAUGUCGAAACGGACCUCGACAUCACCAACGGCGCCAGGGGCACAGUAGUUGGCAUCGUACUACACGAGGCGGAGCCGCCAAUCGGCGACGGCGAUGUUAUCCACCUUCAACAUCAACCGGCAUAUAUUCUUGUGAAACUUGAUCGCACCCGUGCU